GGCAGGGUGAGCGGAUGAAGCAGGCCCCUGGGAACAAGGAUGACAGCAGCCCCAGGAAGGCCCGCCUUCCACAAGGGAGGAGCUGGGAGAGGAGAGAAAAGCAAAAUUCAACUCACCGAUUCCGCACACGCUUUAAUGGAGAACAGCUAGGAGCACUAAGAGAUGUAUUUGAAAGGACCAGGUACCCACAUUUGUUCCUCAUAAGAACACUUGCUUCAACUAUUCAUCUUGACGAGUCAGUUAUAAAGAUAGAUCUCAGAGACGCUGAUCCUCCUUGGGCCUCCAUUCCUUAUGACCUGGAUGAGCUUAUACAGUUAUACGACUUACCUGGGGAUGAUGACCCCAGCAGUCUGGAUCAGUACCUCCUCCCAGAGUGCUCCAGCUGGGGGCCUGUGGUCGGCGCUGAGCACCACGGUGAUGGCGAGCACAGCUACAGUCCUGAGGAAGUUCCGUGA